CACAUUCUGACAGUGUGAAUUGGCUUUACCAGUACAUCCAAACCAACAGUGAAACAUAUAAAGGAAUCUUUGUUUGCUUUUGCCUGCAAGAAACCAGCUCAUUCAGUCUGCAUUCAGACUGGUGUAUUUAGCUCAAUGGUUUCUCGAUAGAAAUGCCAAGAAAGCUUAGUCAUAUAUAAAUUAUAAAUCUUUUCUACCGUUACCCAUAAAAAAGUCUCUCCUGAAUCAGUGGUGCUGUUAGAUUACAGCAAUGGAUGUAAGCAUGGAGAAAUCAAAAUCGCGCAGUGGCAGAAAAUUGGAAAUAGUUGAUUUUGUGCUACGAUUUGCAGCCAUUGCAGCUACUCUUGUAGCCGCCAUUGUUAUGGGAAGAGACAAGCAGACUCUUGAUACUCCCAUUGGCCCUAUUGUUGCCAAAUACCACUACUCGCCCGCUAAUGUCUUUUUCGUGAUAGCAAAUGCAAUCGCCUGCGUUUAUGCGGUUUUUGCCAUAAACAAUACUACUGCAAAUAUAGUGUACUCCCGCUCGCCCGCCUUCUCGAAACUCCUACGAGCUUUCUUCGAUCUGAUAAUGGUGGCCCUUCUGUCGGCGAGCUUAGGGGCGGCAAUGGGCGUGGGGUACAUUGCUCGGAAAGGCAAUUCUCACGCAUUUUGGAGCUCAAUUUGCGGUCUGUAUGGUCGUUUCUGUCACCAGGGAAUCAUUUCCAUUGCAUCUUCGUUGGCAGCAACGGUCCUCUUCGUCCUGCUCACCACUUUCUCCAUUUACUCACUCUACAAGCGUAGCAACAGCUGAGCUUUUCUUCUUCUACUACUGAAACCAUGUCACACACUCUUUUAUAUACCAUUAAGAAAGCCUGCAACAUGGGUAUAUUCGAGAGCUCUGUAUUUUCUUGGUUUUAAAACUAUUUAGGGUUUUCUUCCUGCUAUGAGUAUGCACAUCUCCAUGAACUAUUCUUUAGAUUCCGAUUUGUACUAUCUUCGUUUUAUUUUAUUUAAAAAUGAAAUUUCAAUGCCCUGAAA